CUGGAGAGGCAGGAGGUAGAGGACUGAAAAAGAGGGUGAGUAAUUCUUAGUGACAUCAGUCACUAGAGGUGGCAAGUUGCCAACCUGGACUGCCAGUAAUGGCCAGAAUUACACUGUGGCUCUGAACUUACAGCUCAUCUUUCCCUGGCCCAUGAGAAUUUGAGGUGGAGAGACAGAAUGCCCUGGUAAGUGGAAGUUCUGCCACUUCAAGACAUGGAGUCAUCUUUCCCAUUUGGAGUGAUCCUUGCUGUCCUGACCUUCCUCAUCAUUGCUGUUAAUGCAAUAGUGGUUGUGGCUAUCCUGUUGUCAAUCCACAAGAAUGAUGGUGUCAGUCUCUGCUUCACCUUGAAUCUGGCUGUGGCUGACACCUUGAUUGGUGUGGCUAUCUCGGGGCUAGUCGCAGACCAGUUCUCCAGCUCUUCUCAGUCCACACAGAAGACCCUGUGCAGCCUUCGGAUGGCAUUUGUCACUUCUUCUGCAGCUGCCUCUGUCCUUACAGUCAUGCUGAUUGCCUUUGACAGAUACCUAGCCAUUAAGCAGUCGCUCCGCUACUUCCAGAUCAUGAAUGGGCCCAUGGCUGGGGCCUGCAUUGCUGGGCUGUGGUUGGUAUCUUACCUCAUUGGCUUCCUCCCACUUGGAGUCUCCAUAUUCCAGCAGACCACCUACAAGGUGCCCUGCACCUUCUUCUCUGUGUUUCACCCAAGGUUUGUGCUGACCCUCUCUGUCGCUGGCUUCUUCCCAGCCGUGCUCCUCUUUGUCUUCUUCUACUGCGACAUGCUCAAGAUUGCCUCUGUGCACAGCCAGCAGAUCCGAAAGAUGGAACACGCAGGAGCCAUGACUGGAGCUUACCGGCCUCCACGGUCUCACAGCGACUUCAAGGCUGUCCGCACUGUAUCUGUUCUCAUUGGGAGCUUCACUCUGUCCUGGUCCCCCUUCUUUAUCACUAGCAUUGUACAGGUAGCCUGCCAAGAGUGCAACCUCUACGAAGUGCUGGAACAGUACCUAUGGCUGCUCGGUGUAGGCAACUCCCUGCUCAACCCACUCAUCUAUGCCUAUUGGCAGAAGGAAGUGCGGCAGCAGCUCUACCACAUGGCCCUGGGAGUAAAGAAGGGGCUCACCUCCUUCCUCCUCCUUCUCUCAGCCAGGAACGGUGGCCCAGAAAGACCCAGGGAAAAUUCCUGUCACAUCGUCACUCUCUUCCACUCAGAGCUUGAUGGCUAAGAUGGUAAGGAAGGAGAAGUUUCAAAGUGCCUUAUCCUCUCCCCACUCUGGAUCCCAGCUAGGAGUUCACAUGGAGCUAGGUGAAUGACAGA